GACUACUCAGAUUACACCACAAAAUCUGGGCUGUUCCUUGGGAUAGGGCUGAGAAAAGGAACUUGUGAGUUGUAAGCAGCCUUUGGAAACAGCACUAGUGAUAAGACUGGAGACAAAAGCUUAUAAGAAACAGUAACUACAUUCACAGCUAUGCAAAGAUGAAUAAUGAACUUAGAAGCCCCAAGCUCUCCUUGCAAAACACAAUCCAGAGAAACAAUUUGCACCAAGGAGCUGAGUGAACAGGAAUUCCAAGAGAGAAAAGAAGAAAGAAAUCCAUAGAAGACAAAGGAAGCUAAAUUUUGGCUGUAUUUGCUUAGGAAGAUUAUGGAUAGGCACCAAGUGUUAUAUUUAUACUCUGUGAGCACAGUCCUCUUGCUGCUUAUUUGGACUGGCACCUCAGAAGCUCAGAAGGAUUGCACAGGUGUGGAGUGUAAGCAGCUAGAAAAUUGCAUUGAAGAAGUGCUUGAACCGGAUGAAUGCUGUGCCUCCUGUCUACAGCAUGGAUGCACCUGUGAGGGCUACCAGUACUAUGACUGUGUCAAUGUAGGUUUUGUCAAUGGCAAAGUCCCUGAAGGGCAGUCUUAUUUUGUUGAUUUUGGAAGUACUGAAUGCUCAUGUCCCAAAGGGGGAGGCAAGAUCAGCUGCCAAUUUAUGCUAUGCCCAGAUCUACCACCCAACUGCAUUGAUGCUGUGCUACCAGCAGAUGGGUGCCCCCAGUGUGGAAGGAUAGGCUGUGUCCAUGAAGAUCAGAAAUAUGCUGCAGGGCACACCUUCCAUAUGCCACCCUGCAAGGUAUGCCAUUGUCCCAAUGCAGGAGGGGAACUCAUGUGCUAUGAGCUUCCAGACUGUAAUGAAUCCCACAAGCCAUCUGAUCCUGGAGAUGCUGAAGCAGAGAAGCACUAUGAUGAUCCUUACAGUUAUGAUCAGGAGGCACUGGAGGGAGACACAACUCAGGUAGAGCCCCCAAAAAAGUACUACAGUUACUCAGCACAGACAGAACAGGAGAGCCUUGGCCAAGAACAAAGUGAGGAUUAUGACUAUCUUGCAAACAGUGUUACUCCAUCUUUGACAACCUAUUCAUCUUCAUACCCAAUUGCUGUUUCACUCACAAGCACAAAUGUUCCCACCGCGCGCUAUCUUGAAACUAGCCACACAACUGAAAAAAGGGAAGAAAGACAUAUGAGUACAGUGCCAACACCCAACAGACAGCAGAGCCAUCAUAAAAUCACCACUGCCAAGAACAUUUCAAAAGGGAAAAAAGCUGCAUUUACUACUGAGAUGCCCAGAAAUAUGGCAGGAGAGAGGAAGAACCUGGCCCACCGGGAGAGGAAUGAGCAAGAAGAGAAUGCUCGAUUUAGAAUCAAACUGAAUAUGAAAAAAGAUAACAAACAGAAGGAGAACAAAUUGUUCAUCAUAAAAGAGGCCAACAGUACUCAGUCACAUGGGCUAAACACUUUGCAGGAGAAAAGAGAUGAUUUCCCACAAGUCAAAUUUAAUCCAACAUCACCAUCUCUUAUUGCAUUGAAAGAAGACAACAACCAGAUAUCACAAAAACAGCCUCAGACACUUUAUCAUUACCAGCCGGAUGAAGAUGUGGAUCCCAAUUCUGUUUAUACUCCAUCCAGGUUGCCAGAAGGUUCAUCAAAAGAUUUAAUUGAAACAUGUUGUGCUGCUGGACAACAAUGGGCUAUUGACAACAGUGAAUGUACAGAAAUCCCCGUGAGUGGAACUGAUGGUGAUAUUUGCAGAAUUGCUCAGAAGCAGUGUUGUGUCUCGUAUUUAAAGGAAAACAGCUGCAUUGCUGGAAUGAUUGCUGCCAGAGAAGGUGAUGUGUGUGAACCAGAUGAAAGUGAUACCUGUGGAGGAUCAUUUUAUAAGCAAUGUUGUGACUGCUGCACAAUGGGCUUGCGAGUCAAAAGUGAGGGUCAAAGCUGCGAGUCUAACCCGAAUCUUGGCUAUCCUUGCAACCACAUGAUGCUUUCCUGCUGUGAAGGGGAAGACCAUCUUACUCCUCCGGAGCUUAAGAGACACCCUGAACCACUGUCAACAGUGACACCUGAAAAACUUUCAGACACUGAAGAUCACAAUGAAGCUUUGUCUAUCAGUAAUGAAGCCGAAUUGUCAAACAACUUACCUGGAGAUGACCUGGAUGAAUGCCUUGCCUAUCCUGGAGAGCUCUGUCAACACCUCUGCAUCAACACAGUAGGAUCCUACAAGUGCUCAUGUUUCCCAAGAUUUACUUUACAGGACGAUGGACUCAGCUGUAAUCCAGAUUUUGAAGAAGAAGGACCAAACACGGCAUUGGGAGACAAAGCCACUGUUGUACCUGAACCUUUGAAAAACCCACCUGUGACAGUUAAUGGUUUACAGGAAGAACAAGAUAGGUGUAAAGAUAAUGGUCCCUGCAAGCACACAUGCAAUAUCGUGGAAGGGACAAUUGAAUGCUCUUGUUUACCUGGAUAUGCUCUCAUGGCAGAUGGGGUUUCCUGUGAAGAUAUUAAUGAAUGUGUAACAGAUGCUCAUACUUGUAACAGAGGCGAACAUUGUGUUAACACAGUUGGAUCCUUUACAUGUCUUCAGCAACUGAGCUGCCCAUCAGGUUAUGAAAUUAAGGAGGGGGAAUGUGUUGACAUUGAUGAAUGUGAAAGGAAAAUUCACAGUUGCAAGAUAAACUUUGUAUGUCAAAACACAAAGGGAUCAUUCUAUUGUGAAUCAAAACAACGGUGCAUGGACGGGUUUCUACAAGAUCCAGAGGGUAAUUGUGUCGACAUUAAUGAAUGUACAUCAAUUCCUGAGCCAUGCAAAGCUGGGUUCAACUGUAUCAAUACUGUUGGAUCCUAUACGUGCCAAAAGAACCUUUUAGUGUGCAGCAGAGGGUAUCAUUCAAGUGAAGAUGGGACCAGAUGUGUUGAUGUUGAUGAAUGUCAGACCGGUGUCCACCGCUGCGGAGAGGGACAGAUUUGUCACAAUCUACCUGGGACUUACCGCUGUGACUGCAAGAUGGGAUAUCAAUAUGAUUCAUUCAGCAGAACUUGCAUUGAUAUAAAUGAAUGUUGGAAUUAUCCAGGCCGACUCUGUCAACACUCAUGUGAAAAUACUCCUGGUUCCUACCACUGUUCCUGUUCUUCAGGCUUUCGUUUGGGUUAUGACGGAAAACACUGUGAAGAUAUCAAUGAAUGUGACAACAAUCCAUGCAGUCAGGAAUGUGCUAACAUUUAUGGUUCCUAUCAGUGUUACUGCAGGCAAGGCUAUCAGUUAGCAGAAGAUGGUCAUGCUUGUAAAGAUAUUGAUGAAUGUGCACAAAGUGCAGGUAUUCUGUGCACUUUCCGUUGCCUAAAUGUGCCUGGAAGUUAUCAGUGUGCUUGCCCUGACCAAGGAUAUACAAUGUCAGCAAAUGGAAGGACCUGUCGAGAUAUUGAUGAAUGUGCAAUGGGAAUCCACAAUUGUUCAUCAUCAGAGUCAUGUUAUAACAUUCAAGGCAGCUUCCGAUGUCUCUUAUUUGAGUGCCCAUCUAACUACAGAAAAGUGUCUGAUAUGAGAUGUGAACGGAUCAACUGCUUCAGCUAUCUGGAUUGCCAAAGUACUCCGUUGCGAAUCACUUACUAUCAGCUUAACUUCCAAACUAACAUUGUUGUCCCAGCUCAUAUUUUCCGAAUUGGUCCCUCGCCUGCUUAUGCUGGAGACAACAUAAUCCUUACAAUCAACAAAGGAAAUGAAGAGAACUACUUCAGCACCAGAAAGCUGAAUUCCUACACAGGCAUCGUCUACCUUCAGCGACAAGUGAAGGAACCCAAAGACUUUUUGUUAGAUGUUGAAAUGAAGCUUUGGCGCCAAGGGACAUACACAACUUUUCUGGCCAAAAUUUAUAUCUUCAUCACUUCUCAUUCAUACUGAAGUAUAGGGACUGCCAUUGGAGAUUAUUGGUGCUGUGGCUUUGUAACCUUUUUACCAAAGCUUGUGAUGGUGAUAGAAACUUUAUACCUUGCCUCUUUUAUUAUUUUUCUAGCCUUUUAUCUUUGUUUUUGUAAAAAUAACUUAAAA